GAAGCACAAACACUGUAGCAAACUGUACGGAUUCCAACAUAGGUUGGGCUUGUGUAGUGUCAUAUAUUUGCUGCAACAUAUACGUCCAUUCAACUUUAACUUCCCGCCGUAUGCAAAUUAGACAACGUUAGCGCAACUUCGCUUGGCGCAGUAAUGCUAACACAACUUCGCCAGCGUUCAGCGCCCUGGACGCAGGUUCGGAUUUUAGUGAAUUAACAUUGUCCUGGCGAAUCUAUGCCUGGCAAAGUGUUGUGAUGUGAGUGAAGCCAUUGCUGGUGAAUUUUCGGAGGAGAGUGAAAUAAAUGGAGCAGAGUGCCAAUGCUCGGCAGUCAACCCUACGUUCCCGAACACAAGAAUUAAAUACACUAUCUGUUUUGUCCAAAGAUGUAUCGCUCGAAGAUGCAAAGAAAUAUUGGAAAGAUCGUCAAGCGGAUGGGAAAGUAGACUGGAUAUUUGAGAAAGUAUUGAACAAGCUCAAGAUUCUUUGGCAGAAAAUUAAAGAUGGGUCAGCAACAAACUUAGAAUAUGUAAGAGCUGUGAUUUUGGUUAAUGAAGCAGGAAAUUUAGAAGAGGACUUGGAAGAGGACUUAAAAGAGGACACUGAUACCAUACACAUCGAUAUUCACAAGGAAAAUGAAGUGCAGGAAAACACAGAUUGUUCUCCAGAAAGAAAGGAGGACACAUGUCUUAACCUAAAUACUGAUUGUGGGACAGAUGUUUCAGGUUCUGAGCCUGAGUGCAACAGCACAGUUUCGCCUCCUGCUGCAGAGAGGGUCUAUUUUGGAAACCAUUCAUGUGGUCCAUCUUGUCUCUCUGGCAUUAAUUCAUUUCUAUUUACAAAAGGAAACCCUCUACAACUCCCAAUCUCCUGCGACUUUCAGAGGUGCCAUCUAAAGAUAAAUAGCCCUGAUGACCUGUCACAUAUCCUAUAUAAAGCUCCAUGUGGCAGAAGCCUGAGAGACUAUGAUGAAGUGCAUUCUUACCUCACUGAAACUGGGUGCCACUUUUUAGCUGUGGACAACUUUUCUUUCAAUAAUCAUGUUCGGUUGGACAGCAAUUCAUCUUUCAACCAAGGAAUUGUUCAGGACUGUGAUAUAAGCAACGAUGUGGAGUCAGUGCCAGUUGCAUUCUCCAAUGAAAUCGAUAACACAAGACCAUCUAAUUUCAUCUACAGAAAGACCUCUUGGCCACCAGGAUACUCCUUAAAUAAUUUCACAGACAUCUUUGUAAAAUGCUGCAAUUGCACUGAUGGCUGCUUAGACAUCUUAACUUGUUCAUGCCUGCAACUCACAGCACAAGCAUUCACGAAAUGUAUGGAAUCGUCCCUCGGUAUCGGUCCCCUAGGCUAUAAACACAAAAGACUUCAAGAACCUAUCCCUACUGGAUUAUAUGAAUGUAACGUGUCCUGCAAGUGUGAUCGGAUGCUGUGCCAGAAUCGAGUUGUGCAGCACGGCCUUAAACUGAGACUGCAGGUCUUCAAAACAAAUACUAAGGGCUGGGGUGUCCGCUGUCUGGAUGAUGUAGACAAAGGGACAUUUGUUUGCAUCUAUGCAGGAAGAAUACUAAUCAGGACAGCAGAUUGUACUGUGAAAAGCACACCAGAUGAUUCUGUGGCAUGUGGUAAUGAAGAUCAUGAAGAUAGCACAAGCACUUGUGCUCUAAUAUUAAGCAAACGGAAGAGAAAGACGUCCCAUUCAGACUCUGAAGUCACAAUUAUGCAUACAAACCCCUACAGCAUGCGCAGCCAUGGAUUAUCUGUCCAUAGACUAUCAAACACAUUCAGUCCAACACAGGCUAGAUCUGGUGGAAGAGAAUUCUCUUUGCAGCCACUUAGAAGACCCAAAACAAAGACCUCCAUGCUCCAAAAGCGUAGAAGGCAGCUCAUUGAAGAGGGAGCGUGCACAGUUCAGAACAGUUCGGAAGAGGAGGGUCCAACACCUCCACAAUCGCCUGAGCAGAAAUCCAGUGCAGGAACCAAAAUACAAAGAAAUGAAAAUUCUGAUGAGACUGCUUCAGGGUAUGUGUCAGAGGAGAGCAGUAGUUCAGUUAUUUCUGGGGGACAUCCUUUAGAAAAACCCAUAUCCAAGUUUAAGUCAAAGCUAAACAAAACGACCGUGUAUCUAUCUACCUCUCCGGUACAGACAGAAGAAAACUUGCAUUUCUUAGAUGCAUCGAAAGAAGGGAAUGUUGGACGGUUUCUAAAUCACAGCUGCUGUCCCAAUCUAUUUGUGCAGCAAGUAUUUGUGGAUACACACCAGAAAUGUUUUCCGUGGGUUGCAUUUUUUACUAACAGUGUCGUAAAAGCUGGAACAGAACUAACCUGGGACUAUAGCUAUGAUAUUGGGACUGCUGCUGAUCAGGAAAUCCAAUGCCUGUGUGGUCAAAAACAUGCAAAAAAAGUUGUAUGAAAUAUUUCCAGCAUUUCACUCUAGUACUGAUGGAAGCUCAACUCAACUCUGCUGAAAACAAAUCCCUUCUACAAAGGCUUUAUAAAUGGUGGAGUCUUACAUGUAAUGUAUUAGGCGUUAUUAUAGGACAUUAAGGGGCGUUUUUUGCGAAUGUGUUAUGUAAUGUCUCAUGUAGGAGAGGCCUUCACUAGUAGUAGUCCUGAAAACAUGGAACACAUUCCCAGUUUGAAGGGGUGAUCCCUGCACGUGACGUAACUGUGGCGAUUUUGACUGCUCUCUAACUUUUUCAUGUUGUAGACAGGCUAGGUUAUAAUAAAUUAUGAUUUAAAAAAAAUCACAGUUUAGGUACACACCCAGCACUUGGCCUAGGUUGAACAGACAAAACCCAAAAAAGAUUAUUUGUCACUCGAUGACCUGCAGAAUAAUGUAGGCCUUGUGGUGCUGCAUCAGAGUUUUAGCGGUGAUCUGCAGAGAGAUAUUAAAGACCAAUCAUAUGUAUCAAAAUUGUACUAUCAUAGACAAAUGUUUUCUUUUUACAUGUAUAACCGUAGUCCCAACAAAGUAGGGAUAGCAGUAUGUUUAUCCUUCAACAAGUUAAUG